GUCCAACCCAUAUCACCUUAUCCACAACCACACCCCUCCAAAACCACAUACUCCCAACCGAACCAUCUUUCUCUAUUACACAUUCUCAUCAGAUCACACAAACUCAAUCAAGCAGCCAUGGCCAUGGCAACCCAAGCCACUCUCUUCACCUCCACAACCUUCACCACCCCAAACCACAACACCCCAUCAGUCUUUCCAUGGAAACAACCCUCAAUUUCAACACCCUUUACUCCCAAAACUCUCAAGCUCGCCGCACCACAACGCGCAACAAUCAGGGCAGCAGCAGCAGGUGGGAAAACCGAUUCACCAACCGCAGAGGCUCCAGUCGGGUUCACCCCACCCGAACUCGACCCGACCACCCCAUCCCCAAUAUUUGCUGGCAGCACUGGUGGGCUUUUGAGAAAAGCCCAAGUGGAGGAGUUUUAUGUGAUCACAUGGGAGUCACCAAAAGAACAGAUCUUUGAAAUGCCAACCGGGGGUGCAGCCAUCAUGAGGGAGGGUCCGAACCUGCUGAAAUUGGCUAGGAAAGAGCAGUGCUUGGCUUUGGGUACUAGGCUUAGGUCUAAGUACAAGAUUAAUUACCAGUUUUAUAGGGUUUUCCCUAAUGGAGAGGUUCAGUACUUGCACCCAAAAGAUGGGGUGUACCCAGAGAAGGUGAACCCUGGACGUGAAGGUGUGGGUCUGAAUUUGAGGUCCAUUGGAAAGAAUAUUAACCCAAUUGAGGUUAAAUUCACUGGCAAACAAGUCUAUGACUUGUGAGUGAUGCUUUAUAUAAUUUGUAUGUCAGUAUUUAUUGAAGUUUAUGUCGUACUUUUCAAUUCUUUUUCAAACAAGCUAUAUCAGAAAUUGUUAAAAACUCUGUUUAUA